GAUGGAGGUCUCCUCAUCAACAACCCGACAGCGUUGGCCAUCCACGAGUGUAAGCUGCUGUGGCCCAACACCCCAGUGCAGUGUGUCGUCUCUCUGGGUACGGGCCGCUAUGAGACCGCCAGCAAGAACAACAGCACCUACACCAGCCUCAAAGCCAAGAUCACCAAUGUCAUCAGCAGUGCCACCGACACAGAGGGUGGGUCACACAUGGGACCGUGGAGUGCGUGUGUGUGUGUGAGUGUGUAGUUUUUGAGUGUGUAGUUUGUCAAUCUCCUUCAAUGACUUCAUGUUGCUCCCCAGUGCUUGACCUCUCUCUGAUUCCUCAUUCAUCAGCUCCCCAGUGCUUGACCUCUCUGAUUCCUCUCAUUCAUCAGCUCCCCAGUGCUUGACCUCUCUGAUUCCUCUCAUUCAUCAGCUCCCCAGUGCUUGACCUCUCUCUGAUUCCUCAUUCAUCAGCUCCCCAGUGCUUGACCUCUCUGAUUCCUCAUUCAUCAGCUCCCCAGUGCUUGACCUCUCUCUGAUUCCUCAUUCAUCAGCUCCCCAGUGCUUGACCUCUCUCUGAUUCCUCAUUCAUCAGCUCCCCAGUGCUUGACCUCUCUGAUUCCUCAUUCAUCAGCUCCCCAGUGCUUGACCCUCUCUCUGAUUCCUCAUUCAUCAGCUCCCCAGUGCUUGACCUCUCUCUGAUUCCUCCAUGUGUAGAUGGUCGGCCUUUUGAGUGAUGUUUAGUCAGUGUGUGUGUGUGGUUGAUGGCACUAAUAACAACUUGAUGGAUCUCUAUAAAGUAGGAAGUCAUGAUAAACCAGUCACACAUAGACUAACUCUAUCUCCCUCAUCAGAGGUCCACAUCAUGCUGGACGCUCUCCUUCUCCCGGACAGCUGCUUCCUCUAUCACUAAACUAGCUACACUAACAACAUGAUAGCUAUGAAAAUAUAAAAUGAUUGAACUCUACUCCAGCAACAUGACCUAACCUCUCAUCUCUUCUCUCCCUGUCAGAGGUCCACAUCAUGCUGGACGCCCUCCUUCCACCCGACACCUACUUCCGCUUCAACCCCUACAUGAGCGAGGACAUCCCAUUGGACGAGAGCCGGCCGGAGAGGCUCACCUUCCUGCAGGAGGAAGGAACUCGCUACCUGGAGAGGAACGAAGCCAAGCUGAACAAGGCAGCGUCGGUGCUGGCUCUGGAGAAGAGCGCCAUCCAGAGGCUGGCUGAAUGGUGCAAACUGAAGGCCGACAUGUACGAGGGCCUGCCUUUCAUCUCCAAACUGUAG